CAACCUCCAGGAAGAUCUUACCACAGUUUCAUUAAAUCCCUUUACUAUGGAUUAUUUACAGUCAGAAUCUGGUGUUUCGAAACGCCUUUCAUUGGGAAAGGUGGUCCAAAAACUGCUCCAUCACACCGAUGAUAUAGAAACGAGGAAAAGAGAUUCAGGGUGUUUAUCGGUGCUGUCGAUGGACGAUGACCCGUUGGAAGAGGCUCUGUGUGCAGAGACUGUGUCCAACAUGUCUGAUGUCCUGAGUGAGAGCAGUGCUGAGCUGCUCGGCUCCUCCAGACUGGAGGUUCCUCAUGUCCUGCUCGAGAGGAUCAGUCAGGAGCUGCUGCAGCUGGCGGCCACUGAACCCUGCGGUCUUCGAGGAGCCAUUAUCGAUGUGUGCGUGGACAACACCAAGACUCUCCAGAGUGUGGGACAGAUAUCUGUGGACCCCGAUAUUGUUCCAACUUUUCAUCUCACAUUUUCAUUGCGCUUGGAUCUUGGAGGACUGUGGCCAAAGUUCACGAGUAGACUCAGAAACUCUGUUAAACUCAGCACGGGCUUUACUGUGCUGAAAAGAAAACUGUACAGCCAGGAGGAAGUGUAUGUGGAAGAACUAUGACAUGAAGAUGGCACUUCUUUUUAAAAACCUACUCUUAUUAGAGUUAUAUGCUACUUGAACACACUUGACUCUUGACGUGUUUUUUUUCUUAUUUAAGAAGUGUACAAUUAUUAACGUAUGGGUUUUACUAUACACUUUAUUAAGCUGAUAUAGGGUAAGGUGAGCUAGCAAUUUACAAUCUGGCCCUAUGAAAUACUUAUCACUUGAGUAAUGGCAGCUAAAAUGAAUCAACGAAGUUACCUCAUGAAAGAUAAUUUUGUGAAUUUACUUGUGUAAUUUUACAAAAAUGUUUAAGUGAUUGCACAAAUUAUUUGUACCAAUUUGUACAAAUGGGAUGAAGUUUACAAAUGUUUUAUGUUUUUUUUUUAUAUGAGAUUAAAUAA